AUGAAGGCUGCCUACACCGCCUAUCGAUGCCUCACCAAAGACCUAGAAGGCUGCGCCAUGAACCCGGAGCUGACAAUGGAAAGUCUGGGCACUUUGCACGGGCCGGCCGGCGGCGGCAGCGGUGGGGGCGGCGGCGGGGGCGGCGGGGGCGGCGGCGGGGGCCCGGGCCAUGAGCAGGAGCUGCUGGCCAGCACCAGCCCUCACCACGCGGGCCGCGGCGCCGCUGGCUCGCUGCGGGGCCCGCCGCCGCCGCCGCCGCCGCCAACGGCGCACCAGGAGCUGGGCACGGCGGCAGCGGCGGCAGCAGCGGCGUCGCGCUCGGCCAUGGUCACUAGCAUGGCCUCGAUCCUGGACGGCGGCGACUACCGGCCCGAGCUCUCCAUCCCGCUCCAUCAUGCCAUGAGCAUGUCCUGCGACUCGUCCCCGCCCGGCAUGGGCAUGAGCAACACCUACACCACGCUGACGCCUCUCCAGCCGCUGCCGCCCAUCUCCACUGUGUCGGACAAGUUCCACCACCCGCACCCGCACCCUCACCACCACCACCACCACCACCACCACCACCACCAGCGCCUGUCGGGCAACGUCAGCGGCAGCUUCACCCUCAUGCGCGACGAGCGAGGGCUCCCGACCAUGAACAACCUCUACAGCCCCUACAAGGAGAUGCCCGGCAUGAGCCAGAGCCUGUCCCCGCUGGCCGCCACGCCGCUGGGCAACGGGCUGGGCGGCCUCCACAACGCGCAGCAGAGCCUGCCCAGCUACGGGCCCCCGGGCCACGACAAAAUGCUCAGCCCCAACUUCGACGCGCACCACACUGCCAUGCUGACCCGCGGUGAGCAACACCUGUCCCGCGGUCUGGGCACCCCGCCCGCGGCCAUGAUGUCUCACCUCAACGGCCUACACCACCCGGGCCACGCUCAGUCCCAUGGGCCGGUGCUGGCGCCUAGCCGUGAGAGGCCACCCUCGUCCUCUUCGGGAUCGCAGGUGGCCACAUCAGGCCAGCUGGAGGAGAUCAACACCAAAGAGGUGGCCCAGCGCAUCACCGCCGAGCUGAAGCGCUACAGCAUCCCACAGGCGAUCUUCGCGCAGAGGGUGUUGUGCCGGUCUCAGGGGACUCUCUCCGACCUGCUCCGGAACCCCAAACCGUGGAGUAAACUCAAAUCUGGCAGGGAGACCUUCCGCAGGAUGUGGAAGUGGCUGCAGGAGCCCGAGUUCCAGCGCAUGUCUGCCUUACGCCUGGCAGCGUGCAAACGCAAAGAGCAAGAACCAAACAAAGACAGGAACAAUUCCCAGAAGAAAUCCCGCCUGGUGUUCACCGACCUCCAACGCCGAACGCUCUUCGCCAUCUUCAAGGAGAACAAACGCCCAUCCAAGGAGAUGCAGAUCACCAUUUCCCAGCAGCUGGGCCUGGAGCUUACGACCGUCAGCAACUUCUUCAUGAAUGCCCGGCGCCGCAGCCUGGAGAAGUGGCAGGACGAUCUGAGCACAGGGGGCCCCUCGUCCGCCUCCGGCACCUGUACCAAAGCGUGA